GAGUGUGUCGAGUGCAGGUGAUAUUUCUGUUCCUGUUGGAUGUAUAUGUAAAAUAGAUGGCGAAAAGCAGGAAAUGAGCGUAGUGCAUGUUCCUGAUCUGACUGUCUCUGUCUGAGCCAAUGAGACUUUGAUUGAGGCAACAGGUAGUUAAUGUGUAACAGGGCAGAGGUGCAACCUUCAGCAGACAUUUGUUUAGCUCUUAUGACUCGGUCACAAGAAGCACAGGAAGCAGAGGAGAACAGGGCUUCGUGGACAGUGUGGUUUCAGUGUGUGAAGCUGAAUUGUUUUGUUUGUUGGGACUAAGACACAAAGCUGCGAUGGCUGACACGGACUCUCAGUCAGCGGCCACUGGCUCGACUGCCAAGCUCGACCAAGUGCAAGGUCAGGUGAACGAGGUUAAAGUUAUCCUGAAAGACAACAUCAACAAAGUGCUGGAGAGGGGGGACAGAUUAGAUGAUCUGAUCGGGAAGACUGACGGCCUGCAGGCGUCCGCCGACUCAUUCCAGAGAACAUCCACACGUGUGGCCAGGAAAUACUGGUGGAAAAACAUUAAACUGAUGAUUAUAAUCGGCGUCAUUGUGCUGAUCAUAAUUAUCCUCAUCAUCCUCUUUGCCACUAAGGUUAUAUAAAUCUUUACAGGCUCAGGACUGAAAACAAUGACGUUAGUGGCUAAAGUUCACUUAUACAGCCGACAUUUAUUGAGUAAUUUUGAAUUUGUUUUCUCAAUAGUGAUCGUCUCAGCUCAAACAAGGACGCGUUUUAUAUAAUGAUCAAAGUGUAUCUCUGCAAAAUCUUCAGAUGUAAAGAUUAAAUUCAGACUAACAGAGUUCAAAUUGUAAUGAAGUUUGCUGAAAUAUUUCCUUUAACACUCCAAGUCCUUAACAUAUGAGCCAUAUUAGUAAUUCACACAGGACCAUAAAUCCAAAUAAGUG